AUGGAUCAAAACGCCGUAUAUGGUGGGGUUAUGGCAUUCUCAGCCAUAGUGCUCUAUGGCUCAUGCUAUCUUCCUGUUCGGUGGUUUGAAGCGAAAGAUGGAAUAUUUUUCCAAUGGCUUAUGAAUAUUGGACAGUUCUUGGUUGGAGUCGCAGUUUACAUUGCAUGUGAUUGUCCACCUUUCGAACCCCUUUCCAUGCUUACAGGAGUUCAAUUUGCUAUUGGUAAUGGCUUAACAGUUUUCAUUAUGGAUGGUGUCGGAAUGGCUGUUGGUGUUCUAUUAUGGAAUACAGUUUGUUGUGUCGUUGGGUGGGCAAUUAGUCGUUUUGGCUUAUUUGGCACUCCACAAUCAGUUCCAUAUAACAAUCUGCUAAACAUCAUAGGGGUAAUCGGUGUAUGUAUAGGAGGUGCAUUCUUCGCUCCCAUCAGACAUCAUCCGAUGAAAGUGCGUCCUGCACCGGCACAGUAUCUUAUUGAAGAUGGAGAGAAAACAUCAACACCUAAGUAUCCGUCGACGUCACGGAGAGCAUUGUCAAUUGCUUUAUGCUUAUUCGUUGGAUUUCUAUAUGGAAAUAUGGUUACUCCCAUCAAUUAUGCUAUUGCCAACGGAGCUAAUCCGCAUAUGCAUAAUCAUUUCUUCGCAAGUACAGUUGGAAGCUUAUUCACAUCAACAUUCAUCUUUGCAGGCUAUGGUCUCUACAAAAAAAACCGUCCAUUCAUAAAUCCGGAAUUAGCAUUACCGUCGUUACUGUCCGGGUUAAUUUAUGGAGCAGCUACCUGUUGUAUGCUUGCUGCCAUUGAGCAUUUAGGACAGAUUAUCGCGUAUCCCAUUAUCUCCAAAUCACCUGGAGUCGUAGCUUCAUUCUGGGCAGUUUACUUGUUCAAAGAGAUUCGCGGGAAGAACAACUUUCUCAUGCUCAUAGUAGGAAUAACAGCAACAAUUGGAGGCGUGAUUAUUAUUUCUCUCUCAAAAGUCCCAUUUUGA